UUUAGAUUCGGAAUCUCUCUAAUGUAGCGGUGGUUCCACAAUACCGUCGAGUUAUAUAUUUCAAAGUUUAUUAUAAAGUACAUCUGAAAGCUGCAGCAGUUAUGGCAUCAUCAUCUAAGAAGAAAUGUUCCAAUGUACAAGUUACUGUACGCGUCAAACCCAAUUCAGAUUGUAACAACUCAGUUAUAUCCAGAGUGCCAGAAGACUCUAGGGCACUAAAAAUUAAUGGCGAGUUAUUUACUUUUGAUCAUAUCAAAUGGGAGAAUGCAUCGCAGGAACGUGUUUAUAAGGUAGCUGCAUAUUCCAUUGUUGAGAAAACACUCCAGGGCUACAGUUCUACAAUUUUAGCAUACGGUCAAACUGGAAGUGGAAAAUCUUAUACAAUGGGCACGCUGCUUCCACUGCUGAAUAGUUGGAAAACCACUGGCUUGAUACAGCGAUGCGUGAAGCAUGUCUUUGAGCAGAUUGCAAUUGAAGUUUCGGUGUCAAUAAUAGAAAUAUUUGAUGAAGAACCUCACGAUCUACUGAAUAUGGGGGUUGCACUUAAGAUGCAUAAACACGCAGCAAUCAAUCCAAAAGUUCAAAAAAUCGAAACCAAAGAAGAAGGAUUUCAACUCAUUAAAGCAGCUCUUGAAUUGAAGCAAGAACAACUGUUGCCAUUGAAUGAUCCGCAAUCACACACAAUCGUGACGCUUCACCUUAAGAUUCCAGAUGGAGAAAAGUUACUGGAAUCAAAAUUAAAUCUAGUAGAUCUUGAAGGAUCAGAAAUUUUCGACCAAACGGAAACUGAGAAUAAUCCAACAUUUGUUAAAAAGGGUCAUGUUAAUAAAAAUCUUUCAAUAUUAAAUAGAGUGAUUACAUCAAUUCCAGCAGCUAAGGAUUCUGUUUCAACAGUGCGCGAUAAUAGUACGUUAACGUCAGUUUUGAAAGGUUUCUUAGAUGGCAGGAGCCUGAUAUCUUUGGUUGCUUGCGUGACUACUGAUCCAUCUCAAUACAGUAAUACUAUGAAGACACUACACUUUGCUGAACAUAUGAAGACUGCGGAAAUACACACUUUGCAAAUGAACGGUACUACUUCGUGUACCAAAUUUACUGAUCAGCUGAAAGACACGACUCGACAACUUUCAGCUCUAUUAUCACCAGCUGAAAGCAAUAUUCUAAUUUCGCAUCCUGCAACAGAUCCCGUGUCGGAAUCGUCAUCAAACUACAAGAUUAAAAGUUGUACUGUAAUUCUCAAAAAGACUGACACAAAUUUUUAUCGAGCUCAAAUGAAAGAGGAUCCUAAAGAAAAUGAAGCGCGAUUAAAGCCCACAGACACACUUACAAAAAAUGAACAACUGGGAUUGAUCUCUGUCGAGCCUUUACAUUCAUUGGCUUCAACAGUCUCUAUUGGCGAACUACAAACUGAAAGUGAAUAUGAAACUCGUGUAAGCUCAAACUUGACCAGAACAGAGGAAUAUCAAUAUGAUACGCUUCAAAAAGAUAGUUGUUCAAGCUCCCCAGAAGAUAAAACUAAUGCAAACCUACACCUACCAGUGAAAAUGGAGAUAUCUGCAGAAAUGCAACGUGAAUGCUCAGCUUUUGAUUUUGAAUUACGGAGUCCGUUCUUAGCAAUGCAACCACAAUUUGUUCAUCAAGCUUCAACCGUGACGAGUGAUGAUCAGGAAAAAGCUGGACUUUAUCACCAACGAGGAAAUCUGAUAAAAAGGAUGAAUGCUGUUAUAACAACUGAUUUUUCUGGACCCUCAAACACAGAACUACGUGAUGCUGGUAAAAUCUCAGAACGUAAACAAAGUGAUUGUCCCAGUUCAAGAAAAAUGAUGAAAUUUACUGAGAACUGUUUACAAUCGAUGUUGAAGCAAGAUCCAGGUUCACAGAGAUCGAAUCAUGAACGUUCAGACAAUGACCAUUCUGACAACACUCAAAAUAAAACAAAAGAGUUGAAACGCAAAAGAAUGGCACAUAGUAACAACAUUUUAAGAAUAUUAAACUCCGGUACUGCAGAACAACUAACAGCCUUGCCACUAAUUGGAUGGAAAACAGCGAUAACAAUAUAUCAAUACAGAUUGAUACAUGGAAACUUCAGAUCUUUAAAAGAUUUAGAGAACAUCCCCGCUUGGAGUAAAAAAGUUUGUGACAGAUUUUUUGCGGCAAACAACGUGUAUCUGGAAUAGUAUUUCAUAUGCUUGCAGACCAAAAGUGGUAUUUUUUUUACGAUUUUGUAUCUACAUGUGCGCAAUA